UCCCCGCCCGGGCGCGGGGGUUUUGUGGGCUCGCAGGGCGGGCGCCCGCCUCUCCCCGCCCCGCACCUCCACCGCGAGGGCAGCCGCCGGACCCCGGACUACUUUCUGCAGCGGAGGCAUCGCGGUGUGCGCGGCCGCGCGAGGCGCCGCCGGUGCCGAGGCUCACCUCAGGCGGGGCGGGCGCGAGGGCGAGGGCGAGGGCAGCCGGCCCGGCGGGUGGGCUCGGCUCGGCUCGGCUCGGCUCGGCUCGGCUCGGCUCGGCUCAGGCUGCGAGCAGCAUGGGCGGCGCGGCGGCGGCGGCGGCGGCGGCGGGGCGCGCAGGGGCGCUGGCGCUGGUGCUCCUCUGCCUGGGCGCGGAGCUGGCGAGCGCGGGUGGAAAGAAAUCUUACAGUGGGCCAUGUGGGGGCCGUGAUUGCAGUGCUGGGUGCAAAUGUUUUCCAGAGAAGGGAGCGCGGGGUCGACCAGGACCAAUUGGGAUUCAAGGACCAAUUGGUGCUCCUGGAUUUACUGGACCAGAAGGUUUGCCAGGAGCAAAGGGUGAGAGAGGAGCAGUGGGCUCCCCUGGACCAGCUGGACAGAAAGGCGAUAAGGGCCCAAUGGGAGUUCCUGGAUUUCAAGGCAUCAAUGGGAUCCCAGGUCACCCUGGCCAGCCUGGACCCAGAGGUCUGCCUGGCGUCGAUGGCUGCAAUGGUACCAUUGGGAGUCCUGGUGUUUCUGGAUCAGAUGGGUUUCCUGGCAUACCUGGGCUGCCUGGUCGUCCAGGUCCCAGAGGUCUUAAAGGAGAACCUUUCUUUGCCCAAAGCAGCCUUAAAGGAAUGAAGGGAGAAAAUGGUCUUCCUGGGUUGGAUGGAAUUUCUGGCCCAAAGGGUUUUCCAGGUCCAGCAGGUUCUGUAGGCCCUAUAGGUUUGCCAGGUUUGCAGGGUCCAGUGGGUCCCCCUGGACCACCAGGUCCAAAAGGUAACAUGGGAUUAGGCUUUCAAGGAGAGAAAGGAGAAAAGGGUGAUGUAGGACUGCCUGGCCCUCCAGGUCCCCCACCAUCCACUGGAAUACUUGAAUUCAUGGGAUUCCCAAAAGGGAAGCAAGGAGAAAAGGGUGAGCCAGGCCCUCAAGGAUUCCCUGGAGAAGAAGGAUUGCCUGGCCUGCCGGGUUUUGGAGGUGUUGGAGAAAAAGGAGAAAAGGGUGUCCCUGGCUUGCCAGGUGGCAGGGGACUGCUGGGACUGGAUGGAUCUGAUGGGAUUCCAGGGAGAAAGGGUCAUCCAGGUAUUCCAGGCUACCCUGGACAUGAUGGAGUGGAAGGCAUGAAGGGUGAAUUAGGUGACAUCGGUCCCCCAGGCCCUCCUAUCGUUAUUGACAGGGAAGGUGUAGUCAUUUCAGGUGCCCCAGGUGACCCCGGGACCCCAGGAAUUCCUGGCCCUCCAGGAGAUGAAGGAAUCAGUGGUUUACCAGGCCUUCCAGGAGCUCCAGGAUUUCCAGGCCUGGAACAAGAUGCAGUGGGCCCUGGAGGGUCUCCGGGUAUUCCAGGUGUUAAGGGUGAAAUAGGAGAUCCUGGAAGAGCAACGAUUGGAUUACCAGGCACUCCCGGCAGAGUUGGUUUACCGGGCCUGCCAGGAGCACCAGGAUUGCCUGGUUCACCACGCCCUUCAUACUUCCCGGACACAAUCUUUGAUGGAAGGCCUGGGACCCCAGGGGAGCCUGGACAGAGAGGGCCACCAGGAGCUUUGGGUCCAAAGGGGUACAAAGGAGAGGCAGGUGAUUGUGCUUGUGAUGGAGGAGCUACAAGAGCUGGACAAAAAGGCAUCUCAGGUCCACCAGGUGCACCAGGAAGCCUUGGUGUGCCUGGGAUUAAAGGCAUCAGAGGAGACCCAGGCACUGUGGGGGCACCAGGACUGCCAGGUCCUCCGGCUUCAGCUGGUCAGCAAGGUCUUCCAGGCCCUAAGGGAGAAAAAGGAGAUCCAUCCUAUGCAACAGGCAGAGGUGCUCGUGGGGACCGUGGUGCAACAGCACCCAGAGGACCUUCAGGCAUCCCAGGAAUUCCUGGCAGAGAGGGACUUCCAGGCUUGCCAGGCCCUCCAGGCCCUCCAGGUGAUGGUGGGCUAGGUUUCCCAGGUGAGAAAGGACUGCCAGGAUUACCUGGCUCCAAAGGCCAUCGUGGAGAGACUGGUUCUCCUGGCAUUGGAUAUCCAGGUCCUAGUGGAAUACGUGGGCUGCCAGGUGACCCAGGAGUGGAUGGUUUUCCAGGACAACCAGGUCUUCCCGGCCCUCCAGGUAUCACCUUGCCCUGUAUAGUUCCUGGAGCAUAUGGUCCACCUGGGACUCCCGGCUUUCCAGGAUUGCCAGGUUCUAAAGGCGGCAAAGGCUUUCCUGGCAUUCCAGGGCAGCCUGGAUUACACGGAUCAAAAGGACAGCCAGGGUCUCCAGGAAUAAUAGGCUUGCAAGGGGGACCAGGCUUCCCUGGGUCUCGAGGAGAGCAGGGGUCACAAGGACUUCCAGGACUAGAUGGAACGGAUGGGUUGCCUGGGAAGAUGGGUGCUUCAGGCUUAACUGGAACUAAAGGAGCUCCUGGAGAUGUGUUUGGUGCUGAGAGUGGAGCCCAGGGAGAGCCUGGCAGACCUGGAUUCCCAGGGGAUAAAGGGCUGCCUGGGGAUCUUGGAUUUCCAGGACCAAAAGGGGUAGACGGGAGACCAGGCCUCCUGGGUAUUAAAGGCGAACAGGGUAAUCCAGGAUAUACGGGCAUCCCUGGAUCACGGGGACCUCCUGGUCCUGGAGGUCCUUUUGGCAUUAAGGGAAAACCAGGACCCAUGGGAUCAGUUGGCCUUGUAGGAGCACCAGGACUUCCUGGAGUCAAAGGACUGGCUGGAGAUAUAGGUCCACAAGGCCCUGCUGGUAUGAAGGGCUUCCCAGGUCUCGAUGGUGCUCCAGGAUCUCCCGGGGAACGAGGAUUCUCAGGGCCAGCUGGGCCUUUUGGUCAAGAUGGACGUCCAGGUUUCUCUGGGCCAAAAGGUGAGAAAGGAUCUCCUGGCCUGCUUGGUUUCCCUGGCAUGCCAGGCCUGCCUGGUGUCCCUGGGGUGAAUGGGUUUAAAGGAACUCCUGGCACAGCUGGAGGAAGAGGAAGCCCUGGGAUUCUGGGACUCCAAGGUCAAAAAGGCGACAGAGGUGAUGUAGGUCCACCUGGUCUCCCUGUUCUUAGGCCAUCAGAACAGGCACUGCUAUUCAAAGGAGACAAAGGGGAGCCUGGAUUAGCUGGACUUGGAGGAUUCCCUGGACCUAGAGGUGAUAAAGGAUUCCCAGGCAGCCAUGGACAGCCUGGUCUCCCUGGUCCAGCUGGGUCACCAAGCAGAGAGAGUGGUUCUCGUGGUGACCCAGGUUUCCCUGGUCCAUCUGGACGGCUUGGGCUGCCAGGACAGAAGGGUACAGCUGGCAUCAUAGGAUUCCCAGGAAUGCCAGGAGAGAGGGGUUCAGAUGGCAUUACAGGAACACCUGGAUUCCCAGGGACUAUUGGCCUCCCUGGUCCAAAGGGUGACCGGGGAGAGUCUGUUGGUGUUCCUGGCAGUGCUGGAACAAAGGGAGAGCAAGGGGACCCUGGGUUCCCAGGAGAGAGAGGGAGAGAAGGGCCCAAGGGUGAACCAGGAUACCCAGGAAGCGCUGGAGUAAAUGGACUCAAAGGUGGCCCAGGAGAUCUUGGCCAAGAAGGACCAGCAGGAAUCCCUGGAAAUGCUGGACCGAGAGGAAUCCCUGGGCCACCAGGGCCUCCAGGGCUGCCAGGAUCUGCCGGAUUCCCUGGAGCUCGUGGAACAGCAGGACCCAAAGGGUUUCUUGGAUUUCCGGGUUUAAACGGUCUGAAUGGCUUGCCAGGCACGAAAGGGUCUCCUGGAACACCAGGUCUGAGUGAACCUGGACUGAAAGGCCCUGCAGGUCUCCCAGGUCCAAAGGGUGAAGAAGGUUCUCCAAGCUUUGGCAGAGGGGCUCUGGGAUUCCCUGGACCAAAAGGAUCAUCAGGAGACAUGGGUCCCCCUGGUCCUGUAGGAUUGCCUGGCUUGCCAGGAACACCUGGAGUUUCUCUUCCUUCUGAUAUACCUGGGAGACCUGGGGAUGCAGGCCAGCCAGGAGUUGAUGGAAGUUCAGGUGUCCCAGGUCCUCCAGGACCACGAGGGCCCCCUGGCCCAGCUUCUGAUCAGGGUGACACAGGCAAUCCAGGUUUCGCUGGUGUUCCUGGCUUACGGGGCAUUAAGGGCGACAUGGGACUCCCUGGUCCAGUUGGGCUUCCUGGAGCAUUUGGAUUCAAAGGUAUAGGGGGUGAGCCUGGCCUUAUGGGGAUGCCAGGUAAAGAUGGGCCUCCAGGGGAUCCUGGUUACCCUGGGCUGAAAGGUGAAAUGGGCCAUCGAGGUCUCCCUGGCCGACCAGGGGCUCCAGGAAUAACCCCACAGCCAGAAAAAAUCACAGCUCCUGCAGGCUUACCUGGUCUGCCAGGGAUUGAUGGUGUCCCUGGCUUUGAUGGAGAUCCUGGAUUCCAAGGCCCAGUUGGAAAACCAGGUGCGAAAGGUCUGCCGGGCAGAUCUGGUUUGAAAGGACGUGAUGGUUUAACUGGAUCACCUGGCAUAGCGGGGGAUCCAGGACCUUUGGGUGCUCCAGGACCACAGGGAUUUGAAGGUGUCGCUGGAAAGCCGGGCUCGCUUGGUUUACCGGGAAUGCCUGGUCGGAGUGUGGGCGUUGGAUACACUUUAGUGAAGCACAGCCAAUCAGACCAAAUCCCACCGUGUCCCAUAGGAAUGAAUAAGCUGUGGGAUGGCUACAGCUUAUUGUACGUGGAGGGGCAGGAAAAGUCACACAACCAGGAUCUCGGUUUUGCUGGCUCCUGUCUGCCUCGCUUCAGCACCAUGCCUUUUAUUUACUGCAACAUCAACGAAGUGUGCUACUAUGCCAGCCGAAAUGACAAGUCCUACUGGCUCUCCACCACUGCCCCUAUCCCCAUGAUGCCGGUGGCGAGCGUACAGAUCUCCCAGUACAUCAGUCGUUGCUCAGUGUGUGAAGCACCUUCCCAGGCUGUGGCGGUGCACAGCCAGGAUAUCACCAUCCCACAGUGUCCUGUUGGCUGGCGCAGCCUGUGGAUUGGAUACUCCUUCCUUAUGCACACUGCAGCUGGGGCAGAAGGUGGAGGUCAGUCCCUUGUCUCACCUGGCUCUUGCCUGGAGGAUUUCCGUGCUACUCCAUUCAUUGAAUGCAACGGUGCUAGGGGAUCAUGCCAUUACUUUGCAAACAAAUACAGCUUCUGGCUGACGACAGUUGAACAGUCGCAGCAGUUUGUCAGUGCGCCUCCCUCAGAGACUCUGAAAGCAGGACAGCUUCGAACAAGGGUCAGCCGUUGCCAAGUGUGCAUGAAGAACUUAUAGUAGUAAAAAUGCAAACAUCAACAGAUGUGUAAGAGUUUAGACAUCACUGAUCUGAAGAAAGACAAAAUGCAUAAACCUGUUUUGUGUGUGGUUGAUGAAUGAAUCAAGGUGGCCAGAAUUCUACCAAAAUCAAGUGUCAAGUCCAGGAGUCGGACUUCACAGAGAAGCGGGAGAAACUGCUUCUGAAACCUCUGUUCUAUGAAACAUGGUGCUAUGCUUUUACUUUUGUUUUGUUUUUUUCCAUUCAUGGCUACCUCAGAAAGUCUCUGUGAGCUUCCUACUCAGAUCGAAGAGUAACUAUAACUCACAUUACACCACUCAUCUGUCCAAGGCACAUAUCAAUUGUCAACAGAGAGACUUUUCAAAGGCUAUGCUUUACUUAGUGUCUUUGCAAAGCGUAUUUGGUCUAGUGUAAGGGAAUGAAGAUUCACCUGCCUAUGAAAUACAGACUAGCUAAAAUUAAUCAAUGCAUCAUAGGUGACUUAGAAAUACUAAGCAUUAAAGUUGAUAACUGACUUCCAUAGGAAGACUCAAAGGUGAAUUUGUUCUGCUUUGCUCAUUAAACAGAGGUGACAGUCUUUGGCUCCAGUGAUAUGUAAUUGGUUCUAAUCCAGAGUCAUAUCCAUUGUCUUUAAAGAGCCGCCCCAAAGGAAAAUGCAAUUUUUGAUGUGAAGGUGAGUUCAAAGCAUCUCUAGCAUUCCUCGUAGCCUUCUGCUGAAAUACACUCUAAGUAAAAUGCCUGCUUCAAGGUCUGUGCUUAUCUGCUUGCAGUCAAAUGAUAUGCAGCCACACAAAACGCUUCAUUACAGUAAACUUACUUAAGCUUUCUUUCUGAGGUAGCCCUGGCGCAGUUAUUUUUUAAUUACUGAAGUUCUGUAUAUUUAAAAAGUAGGGGCUUUACUAGAUAGCAUGCAAGUUUAUGCAAACAUAGAAACAAGCAGUUAUAGGAUGUACAUUUUUUACUUCUAAAAUCACUGUAUGUUGUGUUCUCCUUCCUCUGGACUUUAAUUCUGUUAGUUUAAAAACAAAAGUUAUUUCUAAUGCAGUGUUACAUUGUCACACUCUCCUUCUGGGCAUAAUCAAAGAUAAGUGCCACUAGUUGUAUUUUCCUAAUAUAUUUUGAGGGAAAGCCAUGAAAAAAGUAUGCUGAUAUGUGAAUUAUUUCAGUUGAGCUAAAGUUAUUAUUAUCAACUUCUCUUUCUACAUUGAAGCAUAUGAAAUCUUUUUAUACAAACAUUCCAAGACCUUUGAAAAAAAAAGUGCCUUACAAAUACACUAUCACCUUGGUUUAAAGAUUUUAAAGACAAAAGUCUUCAGAAAAUUACUAUUAAUGCAAGACUGAGGCAUUAUUUUAAAGUAUUAUUUCUUCCUUACUAGGUUCUAGGAGGUCUUGUCUCUGUCCAGUGAAGUACUUAAGAACAUGCUUAUUUUAAGCAGCUAAUAUAAUGUUUUUACUUUUAACAGUUAUUUACAUGCAUAAUAUAGUAGUAUCUUCCUGGAUCAGGGUCAGAGCUCUGCAUAUACUAGAGCUGAGGCACAGUGCAGAUAAGGAAAAAAUUUGUGAAGAACAAUUUAGUCUUUCAUUUAACUUCUUUCUACUUGCAAAAGAUCUUCAACUGUUCGUAUGUAUCUUGCAACUAUCUUUAAGGUAUUUUAAUGCUACAGAGUAAUAAUGCAUUUAUGCAGGGCAUCAAAUUUGCUUCUUAGCUGUCCCUGGAGAGAAAGAUCAUACUGUAUUUACAGCUUGGGUUAUGCAAGUGCAACUUUAGAACACUGUCUGCACAGUGAAGGUCACUACUUUCUGAAAAUUUGCACAAAUAACUGGCUGAAAAAUUCACUGUAGUUUCACACAUUGUGCUCCUUGGUGCUAUCAGAAGGGCCCUCAAUCAGGUAUUGUGUUUACAGGGACUUGGUUUUAUUUUUGAACAUGGAUACAUGCAAAUACAAGUUAAUAUUUUUUCCAGGAUCAGGGCCUUAUGCAUUUUAAGUGCUACUCAUCUUUAAGGAAUUGCUUCUAGUGCAAUAACCUGGCUUCACUGAUAUCAAUGUCCAAAUUUCCAUGAAGUUCAACAAAUUUGGCCUCUUCCCACACUGCUCACCCAUCAGCCUUUCUCGAUCAGAUGCACAGUGUGAUGAACUCCCCUCUCCAGCCAGUUUUCCCUUCAGCCUGAUUUCUGGAGAGCUGUUUACUCCAGCCACUACAGAAUACUUCUUCAAGGGGCCCGCAAGGGCAAGGCCUCCUCCCUGAAGAGCGUUUGCAUCCUACCUAAGAGCCAGGGAAGGGGAUGGAAUAAGCGUACGGUGCUCCACCUUUUUUUUUUUUUUCCAGCAGUUACUCCUUAAGACUGCAAGCUCCUCAGAGCAGGGGGCUUCAUCUUCAUUUCUGUCUGCAGGGGAGAGGGUAAAGUGCAGUAAUUCCAGCUGUUACAUGAACAAUAGCUUAGGAGUAAUGCUUUGUUUUAAAAAAACAAUAUGCAGCUAAUCCCUGAAGGGGAGAAAAAAAUAUGGUAUGAUAUUUUGUAAGUGUUUAGUUUCCAAACUGUGGUUAAUAAACAUUGAUGGCAAACAAGUUGUAACUAUGAUCUGCUUAACUGUUUUCAUGCUAGCCCUAGUCAAGAGGUGCAAGUGAGAGGAGACAGCAUUCAGUAUUUCUCUACGUUGUCAUUUAUUGGUGAAGAUGAAACUCUGUGAUUCGUUUUCAUUACACUAACAUGACAAAACUGACCAUAAUGGGGACUGUUUGAUAGUAAAAACUUCAGAAUGGAUUAAAAGAUCUUUGCCUUUAA